AUGCCAAUAUCCUUCUCAUCCAGCCCGUCCGCCGGCGACAUGAUCUGGACUCGUGGUUCCCAAGAGAUCAAAGGCCUUGACCAUGCGGUGGCCGCCAUCGACGCAUUUCUUGUUUCAAAGAGCAAUCUGGAACCCCUUCUAAUCGUCCACGCCUUCUCCAAUGCCGGGAGCUACGCCGCCGUGCAGCUGGCAGAGGCAUAUCGAGCCGCUCAUCCGUCCGCAAAUCUCCCGAUCAUGAGGUUGAUUUUGGACGGGCGGUCCCGGCCAGCCAUCGCUUUAUCCGAAAAUGCCAUGACGAAAACAUGGCGCCGUCUCAACCACCCCGCGGAAUGCUUUCGGCGGGCCGGGAUAAGGCGGGGAUAUCUCUAUUCCCGGGCAGACGCGAUGGUUCCGUGGGAAGAUGUCCUCAAUCACGCCAGCGAGGUGCGUCGACUGGCGGAGAGAGAAGAUUUGGUUUGGACGGUGGAGUUUACCGGUAGCAAGCAUGUUGGACAUCUUGUCGUUGCGAGGCGGGACUACACCCACGAGCUUUGGAGUUUGCGGCUGCGGACCGUGGCCGAAUCUAAAGUCGUCGAGUACUCUAGGAACCUCUGUUCAAGAGUGCUUUCUACAUCCUUCUAUGGUUCAUAA